AGGGUUGCUCACGGCAGAGCAAAAGACAAUAAAGUAAACAGAGAGCAGGACUGAGUGGGAUAGUAAGAUACGUUUUGGAGGACGUGCUUAAUAGGAAACACAUGCUGAAAAAUGCCCACUAACUUUACUGUGGUUCCGGUGGGUGAUGGCGGAAAGUCACCCCAGGACGACUCCGGUGAUGGUAACGUCCUAAGAGAGGAGGAUGAAGAAGCUCCAGGUGAUGGAACCCCGAAGGAGAGUAGUCCGUUCAUCAACACAGAGAAUGACAGAUGCAGCUUCCAUGAUGGCAAAAACAUGGCACUGUUUGAGGAAGAGAUGGACAGCAACCCCAUGGUGUCAUCUUUACUCAGCAAACUGGCCAAUUACACCAACCUUACACAGGGUGUUCGGGAACAUGAGGAAGCAGACGAGGAGGAGGGAGCAAAAAAGGAAGCUGUCAAAAGCCCACAAAUGGGGACGUUCAUGGGUGUCUACCUGCCCUGCCUUCAGAAUAUCCUUGGGGUCAUCCUGUUUCUGCGAAUGACCUGGAUUGUGGGUACAGCAGGCAUCCUGGAGGCCUUUAUCAUUGUAUCAAUGUGCUGCUGUUGUACAAUGCUUACAGCCAUAUCUAUGAGUGCCAUCGCUACUAAUGGAGUGGUUCCAGCUGGAGGAUCUUACUAUAUGAUCUCUCGGUCUCUGGGGCCGGAGUUUGGAGGAGCUGUAGGACUGUGUUUCUAUUUAGGCACUACGUUUGCUGGAUCUAUGUACAUCCUUGGUACUAUUGAGAUUCUUCUGACCUACAUAGUACCCAAUGCUGCCAUCUUUAAGGCAGAGGACAAGGAAUAUGAAGCAGCAGCUAUGUUGAAUAAUAUGCGAGUGUAUGGUACGUGCUGUCUGAUCCUGAUGGCUCUGGUGGUGUUUGUGGGAGUGAAGUAUGUCAAUAAGUUAGCGCUGGUCUUCCUGGCCUGCGUCAUCCUUUCCAUUCUGGCCAUCUACGCUGGAGUCAUCAAGACCAUAUUUGAACCACCAGUUUUUCCGGUCUGCUUGCUGGGCAACCGCACCCUCAAGAACAAUGACUUUGACAAGUGCUUAAAGACGGAGAUAAUCAACAAUGUGACGGUGACUACAAAACUGUGGUCUAUAUUUUGUGACAGCCCACAUUUAAAUGCCACUUGCAAUGACUAUUUUGCCACUAACAAUGUCAGUGAAGUGCAGGGUAUUCCUGGUCUUACCAGCAGCCUAAUCUCAGAGAACAUGUGGUCGAGCUACGGCGAUGCUGGCAUGCUGGUGGAAAAGAAGAUGCCGUCAACGGAAUCGCCCGAUUCCACUCAGGUCCUGUCCCUGCCCUAUGUAGUCAAUGACAUAGCCACUUUCUUCACACUACUGGUGGGCAUCUAUUUCCCUUCAGUUACUGGUAUAAUGGCUGGAUCAAACCGAUCUGGAGAUUUAAAGGAUGCUCAGAGGUCCAUUCCCAUAGGAACCAUUCUUGCCAUUGCAACUACUACCUUCAUUUACCUUUCUUGUGUGAUUCUCUUUGGUUCCUGCAUUGAGGGAGUGGUGCUUCGAGACAAAUAUGGAGAUUCUGUCAAAAGAAACUUGGUGAUUGGUACUCUGUCGUGGCCCUCACCCUGGGUGAUUGUGAUUGGCUCGUUCUUCUCAUGCUGUGGAGCUGGUCUGCAGAGUCUCACUGGCGCACCUCGAUUGCUGCAGGCCAUCGCUCGGGAUGGCAUUGUGCCUUUCUUGGAGGUGUUUGGACAUGGAAAAGCAAAUGGUGAGCCCACCUGGGCCCUGCUUCUUACAGCUGGCAUCUGUGAGACUGGCAUUCUCAUUGCCUCACUGGAUGCUGUGGCCCCCAUUCUCUCCAUGUUCUUCUUGAUGUGCUACAUGUUUGUGAACCUGGCCUGUGCUCUCCAGACUCUACUGCGCACCCCAAAUUGGAGACCUCGUUUUAAGUACUACCAUUGGACACUGUCUUUUCUGGGUAUGAGCCUGUGUCUUGCACUGAUGUUCAUCUCCUCCUGGUACUAUGCCCUGGUGGCUAUGCUUAUCGCUACCUGUAUCUACAAAUACAUAGAAUAUAGAGGUGCUGAGAAGGAAUGGGGUGAUGGAAUAAGGGGUCUGUCUCUCAAUGCUGCUCGCUACGCUCUCAUUCGGCUGGAGGAAGCCCCACCACACACCAAGAACUGGAGACCUCAGUUGCUGGUGCUGUUAAACCUGGACUCAGAGCUGAAAGUGAAGCACCCCCGUCUCCUGUCCCUAACCACACAACUUAAAGCAGGCAAGGGCCUAACCAUUGUGGGUUCUGUGCUGGAAGGUACCUACCUCACCAAGGACAACGAGGCCAAAAAAGCAGAAGAGAACAUUAAAACAGCCAUGGCUGGAGAAAAAACCAAGGGCUUCUGCCAUGUGGUGGUCACAUCCAACCUACGUGAUGGUAUGUCCCACCUGAUUCAGUCGGCUGGUCUUGGUGGCAUGAAACACAACACGGUGCUGAUGGCUUGGCCAAGCUCCUGGAAACAGUCCAACGACCCUCUUUCAUGGAAAAACUUUAUUGAGACUAUACGAGAGACCACAGCAGCACACCAGGCUUUGCUGGUGGCUAAGAAUAUAGAUGACUUUCCUCAACAGGAAAGGCUACGUGAGGGCACUAUAGAUGUGUGGUGGGUAGUUCAUGAUGGAGGAAUGCUCAUGCUGCUGCCCUUUCUACUCCGACAGCACAAGAUGUGGCGAAAGUGUAAAAUGCGCAUAUUUACUGUGGCUCAAAUGGAUGAUAACAGCAUUCAAAUGAAGAAAGAUCUGCAGAUGUUUUUGUAUCAUCUUCGACUGGAUGCCGAGGUUGAGGUUGUAGAAAUGCAUGAUAGCGAUAUCUCAGCUUUCACUUAUGAGAAGACGCUGGUAAUGGAGCAGCGCUCUCAGAUGCUGAAGCAGAUGCAGCUUUCCAGGACUGAGCGUAAUAGAGAGAUUCAGAGCAUCACUGAUGAAUCUCGUAGUUCCAUUCGGAGGAAGAACCACUCUAGGGCCCUGAGCGCUGGCUCAAGUAACCAGGGCGCUGUUCUGGAGGACGAACAGGAAAAUGAGGCUCAGCUAAUUCAUGAUAAGAACACAGCAUCCCAUGCUGCUAUAAACGAUAAGGCUGAUGCCACUCCUGACCGGGUCCACAUGACCUGGACCAAAGAGAAGUUCUUCAAUGAGCGCCAUCGAAACCGAGAGCAUACUGCCAACAUGGGUGUGCAGGAUAUUUUCAAUAUGAAACCAGAGUGGGAGAGUCUCAACCAGGCAAAUGUGCGACGCAUGCAUACAGCAGUGAAACUAAAUGAGGUGGUGUUGAACAAAUCACAAGGUGCCCAGCUUGUCCUCCUUAACAUGCCUGGACCACCUAAGAACCGUGGAGGAGAUGAAAACUAUAUGGAGUUCCUGGAGGUUUUGUUAGAGGGUUUCAACAGGGUCCUGUUGGUGCGAGGUGGUGGUCAGGAGGUUAUCACCAUCUACUCAUAAACUCACCUGCUGCCCUAGCUGUAUUUGAAUAGUAUUGACUAUGAUUUGAUUAAUGGCUUGAUGAGGAACUGUAAAGUUUCAGAAGAGACUGUGCACCUUUGUUGACCGAACCAGAGGAGAUCACCUGUGACAGGACAAAAAAUUGCAGCAGGCCAAGCACAAACAAGCAUACCAACUCUAUAUCGUGCUUACUGAAUCUUGCUGUCCUUUCUUUGUGAAAUUCUUCGUAAGUGUGUAUCUUCCAUGCUUGUUAUGUUACGCGAAAGCUGUGUAAUAUCAGCAAAAGUUGUAUGUAGCAGUGUGUGUACCUAUAUUAUCUGCCAUUUAUUAUGUUUUUCUUUGAAGAAAUUGUAUUUUACAGGGUGCACUGUGACGGUCUGCCACCACCUUUUUUUUUUUUUGCAACAGACAGGGUUGAUGUCUCCACAAUUUGCUACAAUGACUCCCAGCCAGAUAUGAGUCUAAAGUAAUAUUAGACCAAAAGCAUCACAUUAUAAGCUACACUUUCAUAUCAUGGGAUGGCAGCAGUCCAAGGGGUGACUCAAUUAUACACAAGCAUACGGUUGCCCAUUCAUAAUUCCUCAUAUUAAUUUUACUGGCUUCAAAAGUGGCAGACUGAAUCAAUAUUAAACAGUUGUAGGAUGUUCCAGAUAGUUAGGUGAAGUAUUUAUUUGUUUUUUGUGAGAGUUAGUUGUGAUGUGUUUGUGUGUGCAUGUAGUUAUGGAACAUUUAUUUUACUGAACAUUUCCAUGGAGCAAAUGCAAUAAUUGUUGCUUUUUCAUUGCAUCACUAGCAUUUCACUGUCCAGCUGAGUUAUAUAUUAUAACUUUGUGAGGAAACCAGGAAAAAUAGCCAUAGCAUCAGUGCUCAAAGAACUUUGACAAUCUCUGAUUUCUAGUAAUUUAAACUGUAUACCAAGAAUAUUUAAGGCACUUGCACUAAUAACCUGCCUCUGGUAGCAUUUAUAGUUACAACACGCUUAGCCUUCAUUACCAAUACUGCAUUUCCAUGACUGAUUUAGCUUUUUACUGGGAAAUGCUUUCAGUUGGGAUAAUUUGCUCGCUGUAUACAUCAGUCUUUAAAUUUUAGGCUACAAACUAAUAAAAUAAAACCACAAUUGACAUAAGUCAACACGCUAAUUUGGCUUCCCCAGCACUGUUCAGUUUGUAAUUGUAAGGACCAGAUUUGUGUCUUGUAUUCAUUUAGAAAUACAAAGAAGCUGGUUUUGAAUAAGAGAGCACAGUUUGACUUUACAGUUUUAAGUUUUUAAUUUUUCUGUUCUUUGUAUCAAAGUAUGAUUUGUGCCAAAAACAAACUGAAAGGUGUAGUGUGUGUGUGUUGCAUAUGUGAGUGAGCCAAGGCCACUGUGGCAUUGUUACUUGAGUGUUAGAUGUAUUAACAAUCAAGUACAGUUAAAAAGAAACUGCACAGAUUUUUUUAACAAUGCAUGUGAUAGCUUUUAUUGGCUGGAGGAUUUUUUGUCAUUUGAUUAGGAACCAGUAAUAUUAGUUUAGAUUCCCAAAUGUCGUCUCAACAAGCCUUGGGCCUCUAUUGGUCCUUAGAGGAAUUAGACGUGGUAUGGUGAAAAAGUAACGUCUGUUUUUUGGAUUUUAUUUGUGCAGUAUUGUGUAAUCUUAACAUUGUAUUUUCCACAGUGCAUUGUAAUAGAAUUGACAGUAGAAAGAAACUCUUUUAAAUGAACUUUUUGGAAGUGGGAGUCUUUUCUGUGGAGUUUACCAUCCAUGUUUCUAGCAAUGCACUUGUUUACUUAGAUAUGUUGUAUUAUCUGUGGUCGUAGGCUCUGCACUUCUGUUGUUACUUUUAGUGUUAUGUUUGGUGAAACUUGUAAAGUCUCUGAUUUUAGGAAGGUGGUAUAUUUUUUUCCUCUUUUACUUGUGACUGUGCAAUGCUUUUCUGGUUCAUAAGUUAAUACACUAUUGAAACGGUUGUUUAUCAGAAUAUCCUACAGUUAGACAGCUUUGUAGAGCCACUUGUUUAAAAAAAAGAGCAAUAAUAGCAUAAUUUAUUCUACUGUUACAAGUAUCAAAUAUCUAAAUUAAAAUAUAUCUAUAUUUUAUAAUUAUUCAUAACUUAAACUAGUGGUGCAGUAGGUACUGUUGUUGCCACACCGCUUUUGCCCAGUCUAUUACAACAUAGGCAUGUUCAGCUUAUGUCCGCAUAAUGUUUUUCUAUUAUGGUAUCUUCACAACCUCAAAAAUGUCAGUAGAUGGAUUAUGUCUGUAACUAGAUUGGCAUGCUGUCCAGUGGUUGUUUUCCAGUGUGUGGAGUACUGUGGAUUUGUUGAAGGUAUACAUCAGUGGUGGUUGCACAAAAAAAGAAAAUACAUUUUCUUCCAGCACUUCAGCAGAGGAUUAAAAUACUGAACGGGUUGUGUAAGAAAUUGUGCUCUUGGUGCUCAGGUGGUGCAGCGGUAAAACAUGUUUGCACACCAGAGCUGACAUUUUGAACUCAUCGGCUGGGCGCUUACAUGAACAACGAUUGGCUGUUGUUUAUACAGGAUGGGACCCAGAUAGUGAACUCCUCAAAACUGAAGCAAUUACGACCUCUGCUGACUGAUUGAUGGCGCCUGCACAUAGUUGAGGGAUAAUGCGUUGAUCAGGGUGUGGCUCUCCAUACACAAAGCUGAUCUGCAUAUGACCUCGCCUCGUGCAGGUGAAAAGAGGCAGUCGGAAAGAAAUUGUGCUCUUUACGAAAAACACAGACAAAUUGCCUCUUAUGUUACAUCUCUUUUCAUCUUCUACAUAGAGCCCAACCUCCUGACCUAAGACUUUAUUACUGAAGCAUUAUGACCUUAUUUUUGAAAUAUUAUUAAGGCUAAUUCUUAUAAUUACAUUACUCUUGAUAAAUUACAUUAUUUUUGAUUAAUUUAAUAUAAUAUUAUUAAAAUAUCACAACAAAAUUCUUAAAAUCAAUGUAUUUUUUUCAACCAGUGGCUUUUUCAACUGAAGCAGAAACAGAAAAUUGAGCUGAGGGUUUAUUCACGAUUAGCCAUUUAAGCAGAUACUGAUUACAGCUUUAUUAGUCUGAUUAUACACAAAAAGCUGUGCUCAUUCUAACCUGAUUCUAAUGUAAUAGAGACUAGAAAACUGUGCAUGUAAAUAAUGUGUGUAAGAAAAGUAUUUACUGUAUUCAUGUAUGAAUGAAUGUAAUAUAUAGUGCUUUGAGAGUA